AUGUCAUUGCCACCGUCACCGCCAACGCCAUUCAUCUUCUUGCCGGUGUUGCCGUCAUUGUCUCCUUCGUUCCAAGUCAGUGAUGAUUCCAUUCAGAUCGUUGAGGUAAUGCUUAGAUCUUCUGCUUCUGCAUCAUCUUCCACGACUGGUUCUUCUGCUGGUUCUUCUCCAAUGGCUUGCAACAUUCAAAGUACGAUUUCAGCGCGGACGCGGUGGCACUGGCGGAGAAGAUCUGGAAAGCGAGCGAGCGGGAGUCCCUGGAAGCUUCGAUUGAAGCUACGUUCGAAGCUAUCAGAUCUCGUGGAACUGAUUCUCAUGUUCCAAGUCAUUGCUACAUUGGAUAUUUAUUCGGAGAUACAAGUAAACAUUACAGGUUUUUCUUGCCAUCUCACAUUUAAAGUUACCCGAACAAGAAUUGCUCUUGUAUUUAUUUUUGGGUUCUGGAUGCUGGAUCUUGCCAACAACACUGUGCAGGGGCCAACUCGGGCACUUUUGGCUGAUCUUUCAGGUCUUGAUCAACGCAAUGUAGCAAAUGCUAUAUUUUGUUCAUGGAUGGCAGUUGGCAAUAUCCUGGGAUAUUCUGCUGGUGCUAGUGGAAAGUGGAACAGAUGGUUCCCUUUCCUAACAAAUAUAGCUUGCUGUGAAGCCUGUGGCAAUCUUAAGGCCGCAUUUCUUGUUGCAGUGUUUUUGUGA